GGUGAGACUAAAAAAGCAGAGUCAAGAAAUUAAAUCCUGCUUAUUAGAAAAUCAACUUUAUUCCAUUACUAUUUCGUUCCUCGAGAUUGAUUUGGGUUUGAAGAACAGAGAGAGACAGUGAGAAAGAUUGCGAGAUGCAUCUAUGGCCAUCAGCAGCGCUGAGGGAUUCGUUCAAGGUUUCUUAUCUGAAGAAACUCGAAUGGAACCUCCACAGGAUGAACAGCGAGAAGCGGUCUCAGACUCCGACCAAUCGACAGAAGCUCUUGGACAACAAAGAGGUUGCCGACGACGCUGUCGCAGCGGAGGUGUCCGUGUCUAAUAUCGCCUCUGGUGCCUUCUCGUUCUUCAGAGACACGCUGAUGAUUGUUUUUGGCCAUAUAAGUGGUAAUUGUUGAGUAGACAUCUAAUUGGAUCUGUUUAAGGUUAUAUAGGAAGGACUGUGAGAGUGCAGAGAAAUGGAGAAUGAGAUGAUUAAGAAUUGCUGUUGUUGUUUUGUCUCCUGAUUGUUUCAACUUAAUUACUCUCAUGAGAAGAAAAAUUCCCAGGUCGAAGAGGAUCCAGAGAGAGAACGACCUCGGUGAGAAGAUGAAAAUCUGAUGUAGAACAAAAGAAGUAUGAGGAUCGACCGAUCGAGAGGGAGAACGACCUCGGCGAUGGUGACAAGAUGAAGAUCUGAUGAAGAACAGAAGAAGUGUGAUUCUGAAUCUGGACGGAAGAGAUAAGGAAUCGUUGUUUUGGGUUUCUUCUUUGCAAUUUGUUUGGAAUCGAAGAAUCAAUGGAUUAGAGUUUAGAGAACUGGAGGAGAACUACAGUGUAAACUGGAGAUGGGGGAGGAGACGAGUCGAAGAAGAACUGAAGAAGGCUUAGGGUUCUUGAUCUAAUUUAGUGAUUUUACCGAUUUGCAUUCAAAUUGUGUUUUUUUUUAAGAAUUUUACCAUGUAAUUGUAAUGUGUAGAGGAGGGUAAAAGGGGUAUCAAACAAAAAAAAAAGGUGUAAAAUAAAUAUUGAAUUAAAAA